CGACCCCAACAGUGGAACAACAACUAUGAUCGAGGUGAUUCUUGUGUUAUAACAUAUAUAUGUUCUCAGCAAUCCAGUAGGCUGUUCUUUGCUCUGAACUCUGCAACGUGGCAUAAUACAGUAAUCCUGACCGCUCCUUCUGAAUAACGGAGUUGACUUAUCAGCAGAAAGUCUUGAACAAUAUGACCAUCUCUGCUUCUGAAAACGUUGUUAACUUCACUCCCUAUCCAUCUAGUUAGCGCAAAGGUUUUUUGUGCUGCAAAAGCAAGGAUGGAGGCCUUGAAGGACCAUCAUUUUCUGUAGCUGGGAUGCAGAAGAGUACGGAUUGACAGGAUCAACUGAAUGGGUUGAAGAAAACAGGGAGAUGCUUUCCUCGAGGGGUGUUGCAUAUCUGAAUAUUGAUGUUUCAGAGUCGGUCUAGUUUUACUCCCAUCUACAACUCCCCAACUUGAUGAACUACUAAUGGAAUCAAUUAAAAUGGAAAGAGUACUAACUGAUAGUCAGUUUUUUGGUUUUGGUCAUACAAAAGAGUAGCUGUUGAGUGGUCAACACUCUAUAGUGGGUGCGUCAACUUUGAACCACCUGUCUCUGACAAUAUCAUGCUUAUGCUAUUUUUCUUAUUAAUAACAAGAUGGUCAAAAAGUCAAAACAUUUUGUUUUUUCAAUUCAUGAAGGUUCAAGACACCGACAAUUCAUCUCAGACGGCUUAUGAUUCAUGGGUAAAAUCCAAUGCUUCUCCCAACGUGAGUUGUAAAAUGACUUCCUUAUACAGUUAGCACACCGUUAUCACUUGCGAUAUAUAGUACUGAUUGCUGUCAAACUCUGGGUUCCUUUGUGCGUAAAAUGAAACCUGCAGCUUCGGGGUUUCAUGUCUGAAUCUUCAUUUCUAAAUUUCAGCUCCAACUCUGAAAAUGUUCCUAGCUAUUUACUGUAGUUAACAUAUAUUGCCUCUGAUAUCCUGCAUGAAGAUUGAACGACUGGGCAAUGGAGGAUCAGACUAUGCAGCAUUCGUUCAACAUGUUGGCAUUCCAUCCACCAACUUGAUAUUUGGAGAAGGGCCAGGAUAUCCUGUUUACCACUCUUUAUACGAUGAUUUUGUAAGGGUGGAGAAGUUCGCGGACCCUGGGUUCUGUAGGCAUGUCGCAGCUGCUAGCCGCUGCAGCAUCAACAACAAUAGCGCGGCGCUCCUGGUGCUCCUCUCCCUCUACUGCCUUGCAUGCUACAAUGCCACCGCCUCCUCACUAUAUAGAAAGUUUGAGUGAGGAAAAAUUCCAGCUCAUGAACGAACAUGAAGAAGUUCUAAUGUGAUGGUGCUAUUCCCUGUAGUUAUUUGUUUCUCGUGAAUGCAUUUGGUUGUGGCUGAUGGAUCUCUAUCUUAAUAUAUUCUUUGCUUUA